AUGUCGGCGUCAGACAAUCAUAAAAAUGUUUAUGUUUUGAAUCAAACAAAUCAAUUAAAAGGGUUGUUUACGAUCAUUCGUGAUCGAACGAAGCCUCGUGUAAGUAUUUAUUUGGACGCUGAACUUAGCAGCGACACCUACUCUGGGAAUGAUUACGCUGUAAAUGAUACAAUCAUUCGUUUAAUCGUGGAAGAAGGGCUCAAUCAUCUGCCAGUUUCACCGGCACAAGUGACGACUGCACAAAACGUGAAGUUUGAUGGUGUAGUUUUUGAUGGAAGAAUCUGUGGUGUUAGCAUUAUGAGAGCCGGCGAAAGUAUGGAGCAAGGUUUGCGCGACUGCUGUCGUUCGGUGCGUAUUGGCAAGAUCUUAAUUCAGCGGGACGAAGAGUCUCAAGAACCCGUCCUUCAUUAUAAAAAACUUCCAGAGGAUAUUGCCGAUCGUUAUGUCUUGCUGCUAGACCCAAUGCUUGCUACUGGUGGUUCUGCCAUGUGUGCCAUGGACGUUCUGAUUGGCAUGGGCUGUAAGCAGGAGCAAAUUAUCUUUCUUAAUGUCAUUGCUUCUCCGGAAGGCCUCUACAAUGUACACCAGCGUUUCCCAAAAAUUCGGAUUGUCACAGCUGUCGUAGAUGAAGGUCUUGACAGUAAAGGUUAUAUUACUCCUGGACUGGGUGACUUUGGUGACAUUUAUUUUGGAACAAAAGCUUAA